AUGUCGCCAGGAUUGUCCGAGGAUGAGCAGGUUGCCACGCUCGCGUCCAUCGCCGGGCUCGAGGACCUCGAACACGCCAGGCGAAUGCUGAGGCAGCACGGCGGCAAUCUGGAAGCCGCGGUGAAUACCGCCAUGGGCUUCACCGCGCCCCCCGAUCCGUCCAACGCGGUCGGACACGCGGACCCGCGCGACGGAGGUAGAUCCGCCCCGGGCUCCCGUCCUCGUCAGCGCGUACGACCGCUCAGGCCCAAUCCCCUCGUGCAGCUCCUCAACAUCCCCGUCGACAUCGUGCGCGCCACCUUCGGGAUCGUGUUCAAGGUCAUCGGCGGCGUGCUCGUCGGGCUGGUGGGCCGAAACAACGCCAGGCGAAUCGCGCACGCGGCGACGGGCGGAGACACGGACGAUCCCGUCGAGUCCGCAAUCAAGUUUAAGCGAAUGAUGACGCGCGAGUUCGGCGCCAAUCUGCCCAACUUUCUGGAAUGUUCCCACGCCUCCGCGCUGCGCGCCGCGACCGACGAGCUCAAGCUGCUCUUCGUCUACCUCCACGCCCCGGAGCACCCGGGGUCCCGCGCGUUCUGCCGCGACGUCCUCACGCACCCGGACGUGGUCGCCGUGGUGAACUCGCCGUCGUUCACCGCGUGGGGCGGCGACGUUCGAGAGACGGACGCGCACCUGCUGGCGUCGAGGCUCCACCCGUCUACGUUCCCGUACGUCGCCCUCAUGACGUCCACGCCCGGGGAAAGAGGCGGCACCCUCGUGCUCGCCGUCGAGGGUGCGGUCGAGCCGAGCGACUUGGCGCGUUUGCUCGCCGAGAGCGCCGAGGAAAGAGGCGUGGAACUCGCGGGUGUUCGCGCGGAGAGGGACGCGCGUCAAACGGAGCGACGCAUCAGGGACGAGCAGGACGCGGCGUACCGCGCGGCGCUCGAGGCGGACGCGCGGAGGGAGCGCGAGGCGGCGGAACGGAGGGCCGCGGAGGAGGAGGAGGAGGCGCGUAAGGAGGCGUUGGAGCGGGCGGCUCAAGAGGAAGCCGCCGCCGUCGCCGCCGAGGAGGAGGCGCGCCUUCGAUCCGUGGAGAAGCGACGGGAGGAAAAGUCGGCGGUGCUGGCCGAUGAGCCGCCCGAGGGUGCGCAGGGAGUCUGCAAGGUUUUGGUCAGGUUCCCCGACGGGUCGAGGCAGCAGAGGCGCUUCCUCGGCGACGACGUCGUGGAGGAUCUGUACACCUGGGUGGAUACCCUGGAGGAACACACGGGUUUGCACUACUCGCUGGUGUCCAACUUCCCGAGGAAGGUGUUCUCCAGGACGGACGACGGGGGCGUGACUCUGAACGACGGAGACCUGUGCCCGCAGGCGACGCUCAUGUACCGCCUGGACGACUGA